AUGGUUCUCUUGCUGCUCUCAGUCUCCGUACGGAGAAGUGGGCCUCCUCUCAUGCCUUUAUGCCGUUCCUGCCCUCAGCCGCGUGGCAGCGUGCCCACCGGUUACGCACAUGAAAGGGGCAGCGAAGCCAAGCAGCACGCAGCCGUAGCGAGUGGGAUAUUAACGGGGCGUGGGCGAGAGGAGGGCCCAAUUGAGACGAAACGACCACAUCUUUUUUUUCUUUUUCGGGUGAAAUAUGAAGUCAACUUUGGGAAGCCACGCACCGCCACACGACACGCAGCGGCU